GUGGGGAGAGGAGAGGCUCUUUGGGCGGAUGGAGCAUUUACAGAACAGCUCGUGUGUCUUCAUAUGAGUUCAUUUUUUUGCUCUUAAUGUUGGGUUUGUAAUCAGUGUCCGAGUCUUGACGUUGAGGGAAUGCGCAGCUUGUUGAUAAAACAAACGCACACUGACGCCAGCAGCAGCUUCACUUUAUGACUGCGAUGGUGUCUGCAUUUUAAAGAAUGAUUGCACUUCAGUAAAGCCCUCAUGCUUAAAUGAAGAGCGAACUUCCAGAAUGGACACACUCCAUCCUGCAGUUUCCCUCAGUUUCGUUCACUGAACUGCAGCUGAGCCUCCUGAACUCUGAACCGUGUGCAGCACCAGACUGUGACUGAUCUGAUGUCAGUUGAACCAUUUUGUGCCACCAUGAUGUCAGUAGAUGUGACCAAUUGUAAUGGCCCCACUGCCACACCUCCCACUUCCCUCAGCCUUCGCUCCUCCCAUAACCAGUUACUCAGCAGUGAUGUCACCAGACAGGGGUCUGCCACACCUCCAAAGUGUCGUAAGAAGUAUGCACUCACCAGUAUCCAGUCUGCCAUGGGCCUUGGAGAAGCAAUACCACCAUCAUCCUCUUCACCGUCAUCAUCCUCACCGUCUUCAAUGCCACAUAAUUCCAAACUGACCAAAAAUGGGGUCAACCAGCUUCGGAAAGUUGGCCAGGAUCACAACAGAAACACAACUGAGUCUCCUCUGAGUGAUUUCUCCUGUAAUUCAGAAACUGUAGCAGAAGACCUCAAUGUAGAUUCAUCUGGUGACCACGACAGCAGUUCUCUCACCAAUAAUGACAGAGAUCUUGAUAUUGCCAAGGUAGAUGUUGACCUGCAGUCAGACAUUAACACCAACACAGACGGUGACCAGAAAACAGAUUCAGACAUAGACUGUAACAUCAGCAAUUCUGCAGAACACAAAAUGAAUGACAACAGCACAGGUUUGAGCUUUGAGCUGAACAUCGAGGCAGAGGAGAGUGAUGACAUCAGCAUUCUGUCUGAGAAAGAAAUUAUGACCAAGAUGAAGCUUGAGGAAGAUGGAGAUGAAGUGGCAGUGGAAGAGCAGGAGGACGAGGAGAAGAAGCCUUUGCUGAUGACAGAGAAUGAAUCUUCCUUGAACAACCACAAAGUUUCUUCCGGCUUUGAGCUUAUCUCUGAUCUACAGUCCAGUCUUAAGGUCCACAAAUCAAGCAAGGACUGUCCGGUGCCUCCGCCUCCUUCUCCACCAAGGCAAACCAGCCCAGAGGACACGCCCCUGCUCUCUGUGGCCUCCUGCUCUUCCUCUUCCUCCUCCUCUCCAGAGACGAAGAAGGACAGGAGGACUGUUGCAAAGACAGACUGUGCUCUGAACCGUAUCCAGAAUCUGAAUCCCAGUGAUGAAGAGCUGAGUUGGACAACUCUGUCUCAGGAGAGCAACACCCCAGAGGAGACAGAUAUCUGGAGUGAGCAGUCAUUCCAGACAGAUCCUGAUCUGCCUCCAGGAUGGAAGAAGAUUACAGACAUGGCUGGUAUCUACUACUGGCACAUUCCUACAGGCACUACCCAGUGGGAACGGCCAGCCAAUUGCUCUGCACCCACUGGACACACAGAGCCCCAGACGUUGGGUGACCACACAGCGUCAACACCUCGCAAACACUCCCUGGGUUCACUCAGUCCAUCACCUACUCCUGACCACGAGUCGUGCCAGGCGGAGGUCUUUUACAGGGCAUCGACCCGUUCUAGCAGCACCACGUCCGACAGCUCAGUGGAACCUCUCUCCUCUCAUGAAGCUACACUCCCCACAUGCGGAUUUGUCAACAGCUGCUACUUUCCUCGUUCCACGUCUCUACAGGGGAUGCCUGAUCAGGAGUGCCGCUCUCGGCAUCAUGAAGAUGAGAACAGGAAACAGGUAUGGAGUGAUUUUGGCGGAAAGAUUGAUAGUGAAGUGUGGAAGGACCUGCAGGCAGCCACUGUGAACCCUGACCCCAGUCUGAAGGAGUUUGAGGGUGCUACGCUUCGUUACGCAUCACUCAAGCUGAGGAACCGUCCAGCAGUGGAAGAAGAGGAGUCCAACAGUAUUAACAGUGAUCCAGAAGUGAAGUGUUUUGCUGUGCGCUCGCUGGGAUGGGUAGAGAUGGCAGAGGAGGACUUGGCUCCGGGUAAGAGUAGCGUUGCUGUGAACAACUGCAUCCGACAGCUUUCCUACUGCAAGAACGACAUCAGAGACACUGUGGGCAUCUGGGGAGAGGGGAAGGACAUGUACCUAGUGCUGGAGAAUAAUAUGUUGAACCUUGUUGACCCAAUGGAUCGCAGCGUGCUUCACUCUCAGCCAAUAGCAAGUAUCCGGGUCUGGGGCGUUGGCCGAGACAAUGGCAGAGAGAGAGACUUUGCAUAUGUGGCGCGAGAUAAAAACACCAGGAUUCUGAAAUGUCAUGUGUUCCGCUGUGACACGCCGGCCAAAGCCAUCGCCACCAGCCUGCAUGAGAUCUGCUCCCGGAUAAUGACGGAGAGAAAGAAUGCCAAAGCGAUGGCUGGUUGCUCUCUUCAGGACAGGAUGCAGGCAGGACUAGAUCUUCCUUUGCAAGCAGAGUUCCCCACACCAAAGACUGAGCUGGUCCAGAAGUUUCAGGUGCUCUAUCUUGGGAUGAUGCCGGUGGCCAGACCAAUAGGCAUGGACAUAUUGAAUGGAGCAAUAGACAGCCUAAUUGGAACUUCCAGCAAAGAGGACUGGACUCCAGUAGCUCUCAACGUGGCAGACGCUACUGUCACCAUUAGCAAGGACAAGGAUGAACAAGAAGUGCUGGUGGAGUGUCGCGUGCGCUUCUUGUCUUUCAUGGGUGUCGGACGAGACGUGCAUACGUUUGCCUUCAUCAUGGAUGCUGGUGGUCAUCACUUUGACUGUCAUGUCUUCUGGUGUGAGCCCAAUGCUGGCAGCGUCUCAGAGGCGGUGCAGGCAGCCUGUAUGCUAAGGUACCAAAAGUGUCUCGUAGCUCGACCUCCAUCCCAGAAGGCCUGCGGCUCCUUGCCCCCAGGAGACUCGGUGUCCCGUCGAGUCUCGACGAGUGUGAAAAGAGGUGUCCUGUCUCUCAUAGACACCAUCAAACAGAAGAGACCCGUCACAGAGUUGCCACAGUAGCCAUAGUCCACUACUGCCAGCUUCACCAUGACCAAAGUCACCAUGAUAACCAGUUGCAUCUCAUGCCAAAAACAUGUCAGUGGGAAUACACCAACUCCUUUGCCACCACAGACCCCAGUAACCAUGGCAACACUAUAAAAGCCAGUGGUCUGAGAAGCCCUGUCAUAUUUCUUUCACUUUCUGGAGUAAAUUGGAGUUUUGCCUCAAGAAUCAUUUGGGAAUUGAGUCUUUCAUCUCCCAAACAGUAAUUCAAGUCUGUCUCCUCAAAAUGACAUGAAUGGAGACCGAGAAGCAAAGUGUACUGGCAACCUUAGAACCAAUGCGGCAGCCAUCACACAGUCUGAGUGACGAAUGUGAAGGAUGUGAUGAUGAUGGAGGUAGCUCUCUCCUCCCUCCACAGAGGAGGUGCAAGGUGAGAGUCCGAACUGAAGAAACUGAUGAACAAAAAUGUAGGACGUGCACCUACUACAACCGCAUCACACGUGAUGCUCCUCUCUGAACAAACUGUUGAUCUGUUCAUGCUCUCGUAUUUGUGUCUGUGCCUGUGCUGCCAGCAUGCCCUGAUGCCCGAACACGCCCUCCUUUUUUAAAAAAAACUGUAUUAAAUCCAAACUACAAUUUUGUCCACAUGCACAAUAUGAAUGCACUCCUGCAUGAAAAUUUGUCUUUGCAAAUCACUAUUAACUUGAAAAUGUAGAGGAGCCUCAUUAUGCACCAUCAACAAGCUUCAAUGCGGAGCACGUAAUAAAUAUUUAAAUACGUGAAAACAAUCAUCCAGACAUCACUGUCGGUAUUUCAGUGGCCUGUUAGCAGCGGCAUGUGCUGAACGUGCCUCUGCUCAUUAUGACGGCAACUUAAAUAGAUCAGUAUCUAAUAAACAGCAAUUCAGCACCAGUGCGCACCGCAUAGAAAGACCCACGCUGAUCAUUGUGCAGCAUUGUCAGUCCUUAUAUCUCCAUAUUUAUAGCUGCACCAAGUGGUCAGUUAUUAAUCAUUUAAUGUAUAAAACAGUAAAAAAUAAAACCUCAUCACAAUUUCUCUGAGCCUGUUUUAAUUUUAUAUAUAACAGCAAUAAAAAGCCCUUCUUGGGUGCAAGGAGGACACAAUAAGAAACUAAUUCGAAACCACUGCAGAACAGAGCGCCACGUUUGAGAAGGAAAUUACUUGAACAGUUAAUCGAUCAUUUAAUUUCUGCUGGCCGCCUAAUUCUUUCAUCUCAUUUGUUAGCGUACGAAUGUUACCUGUACACCUACCAAUAGUUUAAAUUACUUCAAUUAACAUAAACCGGCUAAUAUUUGACCCCACUGGCAUUGAGGCUCAUUGUGACUGUUCGCUCAAUGUAGGUAAUAUAACUUGAAGGGUCUUUGGUAAAUUUGGCUUAAUUUGACAACAUUAUAGCCAUUAUUUUCAUGUCUCUAAAAUGUCUGUACAUGUAUGUCAGAUUUUCUGUCGACAUGCACAGAAUUCUACUGGAACGUUCAUUAUUAAGUCUCAGUUUUUGUUUUGUCGAAAUCUGCGUAACGCUUCGUUCAAGCCCAACAAGUUAUAAAUGAGGCUCCUGCUUGUCCUUUUUGGCCCCUUUAUGCCUCUUGUUUCUUCCUCUUUGUCUUCAGUAAAUCUAACAUGAAUAGAAUGAAAGAACCCCACCUGUGGCUGUCACAUCAGUAAGCGAUGCAUGAAAAAAUGGAGGAAGCCGCUGCUACAAAUGAAAAGAUUCAUCCCUGGUGGCAGCUGGCCGCUCACUCUAACUGUUCAAUCCUACAUGAACUUUUGAUAGAAAACGUAAGCAUUCUACACAAAAACCAGACGCUCACUGCUGCUGUUUGUGUCUGCUCAAGAUGCGAGAAAUCAAACAGCAACCUUGGUUUUCCUGUCGUCAUAGCUUUUAUGUUCUCAUCAAUUGUGCAAGAAUUAAUCGGACUCUCCGGGAGGGUUGAAACGAGUGGUGACCUUUCACCUGAAGCAUGCUUCAUGUCCUGUACGUCUUAUUGUUAAUGUGCCUCGGAAUACGACAGAGGACAGCCAUAAACCAGGAGGAGUAGCAGGGAUGGACAGAGUAUUACCCUUCUUCUUCUGCUUCAUUGCUCUCGGGCCAGUAUGAGACUGAGAUGCAUCAGCAUGCUGCUGAUACAUAUGCUCGAGGGAAUCCCACCUCAGUACACAUCCUCUGAGACUUUUUGCCCAUUAAUAGAAGGGGAUUUGCGACUUUAUUCCUGCAUAGAAGAAGACAGGAGGAAUGUGCGUUUUUACCGCGCUGAGGCUACGCGGAUGGAUACAGCCGAAAUUAACUGUGAGGAGGAGAGCGGCUUCAUCUCCGGCUUUGACUGUUUGCUGGAGGAAAACGUUUGGACUCACGCUAACUUUUAGCGCUGCUGUCUGUCAGUGUCCAGGCUUCUUGCCACCUGAAAGCAGCGUCUCUCUUUUUCUCCUUUAUGAUGUGCCACCUGAUCACACUCACUGUUUUUGCACAUAUCUCAGUUCAAUUCAUUAUUCUGACAUAUCACACUUUUAAAAGAGUCGAACUCCAAACUGCAACAUUGUUUUGUCUCUCCACUCAGACCUUUUGGAUUUAAGCGUAUCGAGCACAUUUCAUUCUUGUUCCCUCUGUAGGUGCAUCUUACAUUUAAGUCUGCGUGUAACAGGGAUGUUGAAAAUGUGAAUGAGCUAUUGUGUGUUUGUCUGUGUGCACACAUUAUCCUAAUUAAUGCAUCAUUUCUGCAUUUCUAGUCAUUGCUAUAAGCUAGAUUUAUUUUCUUGCAAUGAAAUGCCUUUUUAUGAGAGUUCACCAAAUGGCCAAAGUGUAAAAUAUGAAUAUACAUUGUUGUAGAUAAGGAAAUUGCAAGAGCAAAUAAUGAAAAUGGAGAGAAGUGGUCAGUUGUCAAUUAAGUUGAUACUGAAAUUAACUGAGCAGUUAUCUAUGCAUUCUUUUAAUCUUGAGAAACAGAGCGUUGUAUCAAGCCUUGCAUGCCCUUAGAUGGCUGAAAGAAUGACUGUAUGUAAUGAACAGAAAUAUUUUUUAUUUUAUUUAUUCUAUUUUAUAAUGGUAUAUACUGAUUUUAUUAUUUGGAGCUAGUAAAGCCUCCUGACUCAUCUUUUUGAUCCUUGGUUCAGUCAAGAAGCUCCACUUUGCAGGAAAACUAAAGGCAGAAUAAGGAAUAUAUCUUCACUUUGUACCGUGCACUGAGAGACGGGAGUUCACUGCUGGUUUGUGCACCCAGCUGCACGAAGGAGGAGGAUGGGGCCAGAUGAAGUGAACUCCCAGCAUCUCCGUUAAAUUCACACUUAUCAACCAAACCACACAUGCAGACACACACCAUUUUUCACAGAUGGAUGUGUCGGCUUUUGUUUGCUGCUCACUGAUUUGUACACUUCAUCAAUGUAACCUGUUGUGAGAAUAAACAGCAUCGUAAAAUAGAC